AUGUCCGUUAUGUAGAUCCGGAGCUCCUAAGGAAGUUACUGGAUUGCAGACUCGCGUAAGGUAUGCUACCAUUCCACGCAACUUUGCCCACACACAACCCAAACUGAUCCGGGCCAUUGCAGAUCAUCGUUCCAUCGACACAUUUCUUGAACAGCCCGAUCAGCGACUCUCACUGCUUUGAACGAUUGUAUGGCCAUGCAUCGUAUAUCCUCUGCGCAGAUAGAGGGGCGAACCGUCUCCACGAUCUUUUGGUAGCACAUCAUGCCGACCAGUCCUGGCUAUCGGCCCUUAGAACGGCACUUCCAGACGCCAUUCACGGCGAUCUAGACUCUGUCAAAGAUGACGUGCGGAAGAAAUACGAACAGGUUGGUGUGCAGGUCUCCCAUGACCCCGAUCAGUACAGCACAGACUUCGGCAAAGGCAUCAAGACAGUCAUCGAAAACGUACCCCAUGUCAAAGACAUUCUGGUCUUGGGCAGCAUCGGCGGUCGCGUCGACCAAGGCACCGGACUUCUUCACGAAAUCUAUCGCGAGCAAAAGUUCAAUUACCCGAACAUACGCUUCUGGUUAUUCUCAGAGGCCAGCAUCAGUGUCUUACUGCGACGAGGCACUACCAUCAUCAGCACCUCGGUCAAGGAAGGCCUCAUCACUCGCAAUGUGGGCAUUUUGCCUUUGUACGGCAAAGCUUCAAUCUCAAUCAACGGCUUUGAGUGGGAUGUGACAGAUUGGCCGACUGAGACGGGAGGGCAGGUUAGCACAUCGAAUCACAUCAUGGCAGAACAAGUUUUUAUCACCACCGACACAGAGGUCAUUUUCACAGUCGAACGACGGAUAUAA